AUGAAUUGCCUCUUCUGGAACAUUCGUGGUGUUGGUAAAGGUGAAAAGGCCCUUACCAUUAGGUCAAUAGUAAAAAAGAAAAAGAUUAAUUUUAUGGGUUUGGUGGAAACAAAGCACAAAAAACAAUUUCAACCCAGAAUAAAAAGGUUAUGGGGAAAUGAUGAUUAUGACUUUUGUGAGGUCUUAUCUUCAGUCAUGCAUAGUGGUGGAUUAAUUGCGGUAUGGGACAAACAAUCUUUCAAUGCCUCAAUCAAGCAUACGGGAAGUAGAUGGAUCCUCAUAGAAGGGUGUCUCAUAAACCACAAUUUUGAAUGUUGUAUUGGGGUGAUCUAUGCCCAUAAUGAUAGAUGGAGUAGAUUAGUCAUGUUUGACGAAAUCAAGGAUGAGGUGGAGAAUAUCAAUAAACUAAUGCUGAUGCUGGGAGACUUUAAUGUUAUAUUGCACCCAGGGGAAAGAACAGGAGCUGUCACAUGUUUCCAUAGUAUGAAGGAUUUUUCCACGUGGAUCAAUAAUCUAAGGCUACUUGAUAUCCCCCUUCAUGGUGUGAAAUUUACCUGGCGUCGAAAUGAGUCCAAGAGCAGGCUGGAUAGAGCUUUGUGCAAUCAUGAAUGGCUAACAAAAUUCCCAAAUCUGAACUUGAUUGGCAUGAGUAGAAGCUUCUCGGAUCAUAACCCCUUACUUUUAACGAUGGAAAGGAGCAACAACUGGGGUCCAAAACCGUUCAGAUGCUAUGAUGCAUGGUUCCUACACCCACACUUUAAAAGCUUCAUUGUCAAUGAAUGGCGAAAAACCCCUAAUGUGUCACUUCAUAACAAACUCAAGAUUAUUAAAAACCCGCUCAAGUCAUGGCGUAAAGAAGUCUUUGAUCAUAUGGACAACAAAAUUGAUAAUCUUGAGAUGGUGAUACAUGAUUUGGAAAGGAAAAGUGAAAGCAGGAUGCUCGACAAUAUGGAAAUGGCCAGACUCAAUGCGGCAAAUAGCAUGCUACAUCAGUGGCUCAUUAGAAGGGAGAGAAUUUGGAGGCAGAGAGCUCGAUCUUAUGGUUUCCACAUGAAAGACCAAAAUACCAAAUUCUUUCAUGCGACAACCCUUCACAGGAAAAAGAAACAAGAGAUCACUAAGAUAAAAAUCAAUGGUACGACAACAGGGGGUACUCAAAAUCUAAAAGACAAAGUCAGGGAGUUCUUUAGGGAACGGUUUGCUCAAUAG